UUCUUUAUCGUUUUAUCGUUUGAUGCUGACAAUGCAUCGGCUUCAACAGUUCAUAGCUCUGUUGCUCAUCACUCUUGCUUCUGGCGAUGACUGCCCUGUUUCCUUCAACCUUCCUGGGGUGGUGGUGAAAUAUGGAGCUCCAUUCUCAGUGAACUGCUCCACCAACAUCACUGAUUAUUUGGGCUUGAGUUGGGAGCCAAAUGAAGAGGCAGUGGAGAACACUAGCAAGAUCUACAAAACUCUAGUGGGAGAGUGGGAGAGCGAAUUAUCUUGCUACAUCUUCUUCAAUGAUACACAUCCGUGUUCACAGAAUCUCUCAGUUACCAUUUAUAAGACUCCAGACAGUGCUUCUAUCAGCGCUUUGAAUCAUACUGGACCAAUGAUGGAGGGAAACCAGUAUGAGCUCCAGUGUGAUGUUUACAAUGUGGCUCCUGCUCAGAGUCUCACUGUCAACUGGUACAAAGGAGAAAAACAGGUGUAUCAAACCAACUUCACUGACAAAACCAAGAGUCCAAUCAACAUAACAUUUUAUUUCCCGAUCCAACCAGACAGAGCUGAUGAUGGAGCUCAGUUCAGGUGUGAAGCAGAGCUGAACCUGGGAGAAGAAGUACCUCGAGCUCCUACAGUCACAUCAAAACCACUCAACGUUACUGUAGAAUAUGACUGCCCUGUUUCCUUCAACCUUCCUGAGGUGGUGGUUAAAUAUGGAACUUCAUUCUUAGUGAACUGCUCCACCAACAUCACUGAUUAUUUGGGCUUGAGUUGGGAGUCCAAUGAAGAGGCAGUGGAGAACACUGGCGAGAUCUACAAAACUCUAGUGGGAGAGUGGGAGAGCGAAUUAUCUUGCUACAUCUUCUUCAAUCAUGCGCAGUCGUGUUCCCGGACUCUCUCAGUUACCAUUUAUAAGACUCCAAACAGUGUUUCCAUCAGCACUGUGAAUCACACUGGACCAAUGAAGGAGGGAAACCAGUAUGAGCUCCAGUGUGAUGUUCACAAUGUGGCUCCUGCUCAGAGUCUCACUGUCAACUGGUACAAAAGAGGAACUCUGGUGAAUCAAACCAACUUCACUGACACAAUCAAGAGUCCAGUCAGUAAAACAUCUAGACUCCUGAUCCAUCCCAACAGAUAUGAUGAUGGAGCUCAGUAUAGGUGUGAAGCAGAGCUGAAACUGGGAAAAGAAGGACCUCAACCUCCUCCCAAAAACACAUCUGAACCACUCAACAUUACUGUAACAUAUGGUGACUGUCCGAUUGAACUAAACCCACGGAGAGCUGUUGUGAAAUAUGGCAGUAGUGUUUCAGCUGAUUGCAAAGCAUUUGUCCCACAUAAAGGGAUAGGAUGGGAAUCCACUGUGGGAGCAGUGCCCCUAUCUGACCAAAUUAGUCUCACCAAAUGGAGAGUUUCAGAGCUUAAAGACUGGGACAUACAACCACCAUUCUGCUUCAUGAACUACGAGAAACAGUGUACAGUAGAUCUCCCAAUCACUAUAUACAAGACUCCAGACAGUGUUUCCAUCAGCACUGGAAAUCAAAUAAUGAUGGAGGGAAACCAGUAUGAGCUCCAGUGUGACGUUCACAAUGUGGCUCCUGCUCAGAAUCUCACUGUCAACUGGUACAAAGGAGAAACUCUGGUGAAUCAAACCAGCUUCACAGACAAAACCAAGAGUUCAGUCAACAUAACAUCUAGUCUCCUCAUCGGUCCAGACAGAACUGAUAAUGGUGCUCAGUUUAGGUGUGAAGCAGAGCUAAAACUAGGAGAAGAAGGACCUCAACCUCCUCCUAAAAACACAUCUGAACCUCUCAGCAUUACUGUACAUUAUGCACCAGAAAUUAAAUCUUGUCAGCCCUGGUCACCAAAGAAAGGGUCUUCAUUAGAUUCAUAUCCAAAACAUUUACAUUCUCUUGUGGGCAACCCCCAUCCAAGCAUCUCCUGGAAACACAAUUCAUCGCCAGUCAAUUCUUCUGCACCUCUUACCAAAAAUGAUUCUGGCCAAUAUGAAAUCACUGCUAGUAAUCAUUAUGGUGACUCCAAUUGCACCAUAAGCAUCACGGUAGAAUAUUCUCCAGAGCUGACCUGUGAAGAAAGCUAUGAAGUGAAAGAGGCAGACGCAGAUUUCAGUCCUUGUGAUCUUGAGGGAGAGCCAAAGCCUGAGUUAUCCCUCUACAAAGAAGGAAAAAGGAUCCAGCUUUCCAAUGGUUUCAAAUGGAAUGACAGUGGCUUGUAUCAGUUAACUGCAAGAAACCAACAUGGAUCUGUGAAUAAAAGCUUUGCCAUCAUUGUCCUGCAUGCCCCAAGAUUGUUUGCUAGCCAAGAGCAUUUUGAUGUGGCAAAAGACAGCAGGAUAACUCUACAGUGCAACUCAUCUGGUAACCCAGAACCAGAGAUGUGGUGGAGCUUCAAUAACAAGAACAUCUCCACCGGGCGGCGCUACAUCCCCUUCACCAUCGAGAAGGCCACGUCUACCAGUGCUGGAGUUUAUACAUGCAGUGCCACGAAUAAAUUUGGACGACAGGACAAGGUCUUCACAGUCAAGAUAAAAGACAACUCUCGGAGCGACAUCCCAAUUGCUGUAGUGGUUAUUUUACUGAUUGUUUUAUUAUUGAUAUGCCUGUUUCUCUUUUUGUGGAGAAGGCACAGAGUAAGGAGAUAUUAUGACGUGACGUUACCGCCAUCGAAGUCAGUUGAAAUGGUUCCGUUAAGCAAUGGCGGCUCUAAGUGAUUUCAGCUUGAUUUGAGAAGUUGUAAAUAUGAUUACAUGAACAGAGUUGAUGUAAUGGACAUUAUUAUUUGGGUUUCAAGAAAUGAAUAACUUCGAUUAAAAAUCAAACUAUGGCAGGUGAUUUAAAGAAAAGAGGGCCAUUUACCUGAAUUCACCAUCUAAAAGCUUAUAUUAUACACAGAUAAUCAUAUGAUUAUCAGAUAACAUGUCUCUGAAAGAGAAGAAACGGUGAAAUUAAUUGAAAAAAAAAAGAGUAUGGAGGAUAUCAACCUAUUGGAGACCCAGCAGGCACACAAAGUCACAAGACCAGGGGUGGACUUAACCAAUAAUUGAGGAAUACAAAUGCUUUGGGCCCCAAUGAAUAAGAGGGCCCCAACCAAUGUGAAGAAGCCUAUAUUAAUCAUAUAGCUCUUUUAAAAAUUUUCUAUCAAAUGUUGUAAUAUCUAUCUAUAACCAUUACUCCUUUAAUGUUAUUCUUUUUUUUUUUUUUCAAAACCAGGGGCCCCAUGAAUAGUGGAGCGUUCCUACUGUAUUGCACAUGCAAAUAUUAAAAUCUAACCACAAAUAUGGCCAAUUAACUGUACAUAGUUAGAAGAUUGAGAACAUAAAGGUUCCACUUAGUUUAUUCACCCCCCCCCCCCCCCAA